CAACAAUACACAUAGAACUGUCCACCACUCUAUCUUAUCCCAGCCUGAGCUUCUACUCCUAACUCUAUUUCUAUGAGGGUCACUGUCAGAUUGAACUUGACGUUGAUUGGUUGAAACAUCUGACGUGUCUGAAAGGUGCAGGGUGCAGCGCCACAGAGACGACGCACUGAACUGGGGAAGCGUAGAGAAACCAGCACGAUGUGGUUCAGUGUCGCAUUAAUUUGUGUCGCUUUGGGCAUAUUUAUAUAUAAAUAUGUCUUCGGCAGCUCCGGGCCAAAUCCCUUUGAGAGGGACACUCGUGAACCGCUGAAGAAGAUGGUUCACAACAGGAAAGAGAAGAAUAAAGUGCUGAAGCAGGGUUUCCUGGCCAGUAAAGUUCCUGACGACCUGGACGCCAUCAUCAUCGGCAGUGGGAUCGGUGGCCUUGGGCUCGCGGUGCUGCUGGCUAAAGUUGGGAAGAAAGUCCUGGUUCUGGAGCAGCAUGAUCGGGCUGGAGGAUGCUGCCACACGUUCACUGAGAAGGGCUUUGAGUUUGAUGUUGGAAUCCACUACAUCGGUGACCUGCAGGACCACAAGCCGUUCUUCUGCAUGCUGGACCAAAUGACUAACGGACAACUGCAGUGGGAGCCUCUGGACAAUCCGUUCGACCAAGUAGUGAUAGGACCUCCUGAAAACCGCCGCCGCUAUCCCAUCUACAGCGGCAGGACGCGCUUCCCCAACGAGCUGAAGAAGUGCUUCCCUGGAGAGGAGAAGGCCAUCGAUGAGUACUUGAGGCUGGUCAAGAAAGUCGGCCGGGGCAUUUGGCUCCUCGCUCUGCUGAAGACCUGCCCCGUCCCCGUGGCCAAGUUCCUCAUCUGGACCGGUCUGGCCAACCGUCUGUCCUUCUUCUUCAAAAUGGCGCCCCGCAGCCUGACAGAAGUAGUUAAUGAGCUGACGGAGAACAAGGACCUCAGGGCUGUUUUCACCUACAUCUUUGGCACCUACGGUAACAUGCCUAAAGACUCCAGUUUUUCUAUGCACAGCUUGCUGGUCACUCACUACCUGAACGGUGCCUGGUACCCGAAAGGUGGAGCCACUGAAAUCGCCUACCACAUGAUCCCCAUCAUUGAGAAGGCAGGUGGUGCUGUUCUAGUCCGAGCCCCGGUCAACCGCAUCCUCUUCAACGAUGCCAAGGAAGCUUAUGGUGUGAGCGUCAUGAAAGGCCAAGAGGAAGUACAUAUCCGUGCCCCUAUGGUCAUCUCUAACGCUGGCAUCUUCAACACAUACCAGAAGCUGCUGCCCAAAGAGCUCCAGGCCAUGCCAGCUAUCCAGAAGCAGCUGAGUAUGAUGAAGAACGGUGAAGGUGGCCUGAGCAUUUUUCUGGGUCUGACUGGAACCAAGGAGGAGCUGGGCCUGAAAGCAGACAACUCCUGGAUCUUUACAGAGAACAAUUUUGAUGAACUGGUGGAGACAUAUUUGCGUGGAAAGAGGGAAGAGUCUGCUAAAAGUGUACCUCUGCUGUUUGUGGCGUCUCCAUCGGCUAAAGAUCCGACCUGGGAGGAAAGAUCACCAGGGAAGUCCACCUUGAGUCUGGUCAGUUUUGCCAAAUACGAGUGGUUUGAGGAGUGGAAGGACGACAAAGUGACAAACAGAGCGCCUGACUACAAAGACCUGAAGCAGAUAUUCAUUGACUCCAUUCUGGAGGUGGUUAUGGAUGUGUUCCCCAAGAUAACCAGAGACAAGAUUGAGUUCAUUGAUGCUGGCACCCCCAUCACAAACACACACUACAUCGGAGCCCCCAAGGGUGAAAUCUACGGAGCGGAUCAUGGCAUCGCCCGAUUCAGCCCUGAAGUCAACGCUACAGUGAGACCUCAGUCUCCACUGAAGAACCUCUAUCUGACAGGUCAGGAUGUGUUUUUGUGCGGCUUUGCCGGCGCUCUCGCUGGAGGGCUCUCCUGUGGCUCGGCCAUUCUCAACCGCAACCUCCACCUGGAUGCCAUCAUCUUGGCAAAGAAAACUAAAUUUGUGAAUGCCAAAUUGAAAGGGGAGUAACUGCCUGACAACAUUCAGCUGUCAUAUACUGUAAUUAAUCAGCACUUACAUCUCACUCACAAAAAAUACUUUUGUAAGGAGACUAAAAACGCCUUAGCACAGAGAGAUUUCAUUUAAAAAUGAGUUGUUAGAAUAAAGUGGAAAAGUGAGUUUUCCACACUAACUCUUACCACUUAGCUGUGACUAUACUCUAUGCAUACCUACAUUAAUUAAUGUUGGAAUACCUCAUUUUUGUUUCAACAGUCUACUUGCACUUAUAAAAGCUAAAAUGACUUCAACUGUUGACGCUAAAGCCUUUUUAAAACCAAAUGUUGAAAUUCAUAUGCAGCUUGUUGUGAACUGUUUUAUUCUAAGAUGCCUUUGUAGUUACCACCUCACUCUGUGACCGAAGUUUGCAGUUUGUAACAUGCUUUACUCCCUUUUUAAUAUUAAAAGGUACAAACACUGAA